CUUGAGCUGGAAAAUUUUAUGUGGGGAAGAAAAAAACUAAUAACUUUUCCCCAUUAUUCUAUCAAUUUCAGUUUUCAACAACUCAAUAUUCAACUUCUUCUUCUUCUCAAAAUUCCAACUUUACUUUGUACUCUCUCUCACAGUCUCACAAUUGAGGGAACCUGAUAAGAUGAUGAUGUUGAUCUCUCCAUCUCCUUUUUCUCUUUGUUGUGCUCUUCUCCUCUGUCUGCCACUAGCUCUAGUUUUCACUUCCACUACUACUCCUCCCACCACCAUUAACAGUGGCACGAAAAGAAACUUACUCCCUCCACCACCACCACCAAUCAUAAUACCGACCGAUGAUGAGUCUCUAUUCAAACUCGCUUCCCGAGUUAACUCAAAACCAUUUCCUUCUUCUUCUUCUUCUUCUUCUUCUUCUUCUUCUUCUUCUUCUUCUUCUUCUUCUUCUUCUUCUUCUUCUUCUUCUUCUUCUUCUUCUUCUUCUUCUUCUUCUUCUCCUUCUUCACCGAGAAAAAUUGCUUUUAUGUUUCUUACGACAACCCCACUUCCAUUUUCACCACUCUGGGAACUGUUUUUCAAUCAAACCGAAGAAAUUCAUCAAAAUCAUAAAAACCUUUACAACAUAUACAUUCAUGCUGAUCCAAAUCAAACUUACGACUCACCAUUCACAGGUGUUUUUAACAACCGAGUAAUUCCUUCGUCAAAACCCACAAAGAGAUUCACUCCAUCUUUAAUUUCUGCAGCUCGUCGUCUUCUUGCUCAUGCUCUAAUUCAUGAUUCUUCAAAUUCCAUGUUUGCUCUCAUUUCUUCUACUUGUAUUCCUCUUCAUUCGUUUAAUUUCACUUACAAUACAUUAAUCCGAUCAAAGAAAAGCUUCAUCGAGAUACUACCUAAUGAACCAGGAGCUUACGAUAGAUGGGUUGCGCGUGGAUUAGAUAUUAUGUUACCGGAAAUUCCAUUUGAUAAGUUUCGAAUCGGAUCACAGUUCUUCGUCUUGACCCGUAAACAUGCAAGAUUAGUUGUCCGAGAUCGACGUUUAUGGUCGAAAUUUAAACUUCCUUGUCUGCAAUGGGAUGUCUGUUACCCGGAAGAACAUUAUUUUCCGACACUGAUGAAUAUGCUUGAUCCACAGGGAUGUAUACCUGCAACUUUGACUCAUGUUGACUGGCAUGGAAGAUCCGACGGUCAUCCUCGUACUUAUGAAGCUUCAGAAGUGAACCCUGAGUUGAUCAUCAAGCUUAGAGGAGAUAAACUCAGAUAUGGUGGUACUGACGAUGAGGAGGAGGAGAAGAAAAUAAACGGCUCUGGUUCGUCGAGGAUGCUGCAUCAAAAACAUCAUCAUGAUGAUCGUUUUCUUUUUGCAAGGAAGUUUUCUCCGGAUUCAUUACAACCGUUGAUGGAUAUAGCUGAAGAUGUUAUCUUUAAAGAUUUUUGAUUUUUGUAGAAAUUUACUAAAAUGAUGAGACAAAAAAUACCUUCCUCCACUUUGAAACUCAAAAAAGAGAAGAAAGUUGAGAGAGAAGAAGAAAAAAAGUGGCUGGGGCUUAUCAAUAAACGAACCUGCCGUUUUGUCGUUUUACUUUGUAUUUUCACUGUACACCUUUAGCAAAUCAUUUGAGAUUAAUUUAGCUAACUAUAUUAAAAAAA